CUGUGACAUUGAAUUAAAAAAUACCGAAUAUAAGUGAGUUGUACGGUGUGUCAUUGCAGUUACAGUUGAAGGCUUCUGACUCUGCAACGCAAAGCACUCUCUUCAUCCCUUUGCCCGCAGAGAGAAAGAGAAUGAUGGAAGAACAAGAAGAGUGUGAAGUUAACGAAAACGGGUGCAAGGAAACCCCUGUUCGAGUUUAUGCUGAUGGGAUUUAUGAUCUCUUUCACUUCGGCCAUGCCCGUUCUCUUGAGCAAGCCAAAAAACUGUUUCCAAACACUUAUCUUCUUGUUGGAUGCUGCAAUGAUGAGAUCACUCACAAGUAUAAGGGCAAAACUGUUAUGACUGAGAAGGAACGCUAUGAGUCUCUUCGCCACUGCAAGUGGGUUGAUGAAGUUAUUCCAGAUGUGCCAUGGGUAAUCAAUCAGGAGUUCCUUGACAAGCAUCAAAUUGACUAUGUGGCUCAUGAUUCUCUUCCUUAUGCUGAUGCAAGUGGAGCUGGAAAGGAUGUCUAUGAAUGGGUUAAGUCUGUUGGAAAAUUUAAGGAAACAAAGCGCACUGAAGGAAUUUCUACUUCUGAUAUCAUAAUGAGAAUUAUUAAAGAUUAUAAUCAGUAUGUAAUGCGUAAUUUGGACCGUGGUUAUACAAGAAAGGAGCUAGGUGUCAGCUAUGUCAAGGAGAAGAGGUUGAGAAUGAACAUGGGACUUAAAAAAUUGCGUGAAAGAGUGAAGAGACAGCAAGAGAACGUGGGAAAAAAGAUUCAAACAGUAGGGAAAAUUGCGGGAAUGCACAGAAAUGAAUGGGUCGAAAACGCUGAUCGGUUGGUUGCUGGAUUUCUUGAGAUGUUUGAAGAAGGCUGCCACAAAAUGGGAACUGCAAUCAGAGACAGAAUUCAAGAACGACUAAGGACACAGCAGCUGAAAUCUCUUCUUUAUGAUGAGUGGGAUGAUGAUGAUGAAUUCUAUGAUGAUGAAUCUGUAGAAUACUACAGUGACUAAAGUGAUAAAGAAGUUUAUGUAUUUUGAGAUUCCAAACCAUUUCUAUGACUAAGCUGCCCUCUCUGUACCAUGGAUUACUAGACAAAUACUAGAUAAGUCAUACAUGCAAGAUUGUUUUGACAUUAUUUGCCUUUGUACAUAGUUUAAUAUCUAUUCCCUUCAUUUCAAGUUAAAGUGAAAUUU